ACUGGGUCUUCACUGCAAUGUGUGGGCUUUCUGGAGUUGCACUGUGAGGGCUUUCCUUGUGACACACAGGCUCUAGGCAUGCAGGCUCAGUAGUUGCGUGUUGGCUUAGAAACCCUGUGGUGUGUGGGAUCUUAGUUCCCUGACCAGGGAUCAAACCCACAUACCCUGUGCUGGAAUGCAGCUUCUUAAUCACCUCGCCCCUAGGGGCACCCCUGGAGAGUAUUCAUAUAUAACAAUUUUUUGCCCUCUUAUUUCCCCCCUCCCUCAAACCCCACUCCUGCCAGAUGCUUCGCUAUGUGCCAUUCCCUACUGAAGAGACUGGCUCCUUUGAGUGGAUGGUCAUGCUCUCCCUGGACCAUUUUGUAAAGAUGCCUGUUUUAUUGGGAUGAUCCCUGGGAGAGCAAUAAGUGUCUCACUGGGAGCCUGGAGAGGGGUGAGGGUGACAGACUGCUGGUAGCAAACAGGAGGCAGGCCCUGUAACCGCUUCUGCCCGGGCCCGUCUCAGUAAGACAGCAUCUUCCUCUGCCAGCCCUGCUUGGGCUGGCGCUCUGCCCCGUGCUCUGCUUGGUAUGGAUGCUGCCAGCCCUCCUGACUUACCCAGAGGAGCUGGGGAGGCAAGUGAGGAGACAACAUCUAAAGCUGUGGUCCCCAACCUUUUUGGUGCCAUGGAUUGAUUUUAUGGAAGAAAAGUUUUCCAUGGACUGGGGCGGAGAGGGGGAUGGUUUCGGGAUGAUUCAAGCGUUUUUCAUUUACUGCGCACUUUAUUUCUGUCUUGUGGCAAUUUCAGGAUAUUCCGCCUUGACUUUAGGGCUAGGGUUCAUGCUCCUAUGAGAAUCUAAUGCCUCAGCUGAUGACAGGAGGUGGAGCUCAGGUGGUAAUGGGGGGGUUGAGGAAUGGCUGUAAAUACAGAUGCUUUGCUCACUGGGCCUCCUACUCACCUCCUGCUAUGCAGCCUGGUUCCUAACAGGGCACGGACUGGUACUGGUCUAAGGCCAGAGGGUUAAGGACCCCUGAUCUAAAGAACUUUGUGUACUUGCCCAAGGCUGUCUGCACCCAUUUGAGAAAGAUCAUCCUCAGGAGUAACCUUGGACAGGGCUGUGAGUUAGCUCUGCCCGGGAGGGACAACCCAGCAGUCCCCAGCCAGGGUUGGUCUGCCCACCUCUCCCCUGGGAGCCCCAGCUGCUUCACAGGUGGUAGGUUGGAAAGCUGGUGCUAGGCGUGCCUGCCCUGGGGGUAUGUUUGAAUCAGACAGGGGGCGGUGGUCCUCUGCCAGAUUUUUGGCUUGAUUCACCCAUCACUUCUGGUCCUAAUCCCAGAGGACAUUUUAGAAAGGUGCAUGGGUGCUGCCGGGGUGCAGCACCUACCUUAUCGCCCAGUCAGUCUGGAGAGAAAAGAUAAAAGCUGGAGGGUGCUUUGGUGCUAUGUGAAUGGAAUCUUGGCAGACACUGCGUGUGUUGCCUCCUCAGGCACCUUGAUAUAAUUUAUGCCUUGCUAUAACUGUCUCACUUUUUGCUUGAAUGGCUGCCUUUAUUUUUAUAGGAAAGAUCAAACCAGUUGUGGCUCAGGAGUCGUCAGGCCCCAACAAUCUGGUCCCAAGUGGGACAGGGUCCUUGGCGCCGCCUAGUGUCAGGUGUAGCCCUCGGCAGGGAGAAUGCUCACAAAAGGGGAUUGAUUGACUCCGCUGUAAAUUCCUGGGUCCUGGCGCAGUGGGAAUACCGGAAGAGCACUUUUGUGGGUUUCCUAAAGAUAUAUAAUCAAGCGGCAGCAACAGAGUUGACAUGGUGAAUAGUGCUAUAUGGUAGUGAGUGGGAAGAGCGUAUGUGAAGGGCAGCACUCUGAGAGCUCAGAGCCAGGGCCAUCGCUGUCAGAGGAACAGGACUCAGACAGAUGGAGGAGAGACAUGCAGAUCGAGGGAGUUAGUGCAACGGGCGUGCUCAGGUUAGGGGAGAGGCUGAAGGCGAUACUGAGACAAGAUCGGAAAGGAAGAUGGGAGCCUUGAAUGCCCCAAGAUAUGGUUUGAAUUUCACCUUGAAGCUCUGCGGACAGUAAAAAAAAUUCAGCAGGGAAGUGACAGGUUGGAAAACGGUGCACUGGAGUCUUAAUAUGGUCAGAUCCCCACGUGUAACAAACCAUGCUGGGCUGGCAUUGCUCUAAGGAACGGAGAACAAAUGAGGUGUGGAGGCCCAUGUGAAAUGGGUAGGCCAGUGAGUUGUUGAAGGCCUUUCAAAGGCUGGACAGGUUUUAACUAAUAGCAGUGUAGUGUCAGUCACUCAGUCGUGUCUGACUCUCUGUGACCCUGUGGACUGUAGCCUGCCAGGCUCCUCUGUCCAUGGGAUUCUCCAGGGAAGAAGACUGGAGUGGAUUGCCAUUCCCCUAAUUGUGGCAGGCAGCUCUCCUCCCCAGGGCCCAAGGGAUUCAGCAUCAGAGUUCUUUGCAGCCACCAGCCAGCCCGAGCCUGGGGAGGACUUCUUUGGAAGACAGUUAUUAGUCAAUCCUGGUUGCCAGAGGAGAAGGUGGGGGGCAGCCUUUGGUCUCUGCCCAGCUGUGAGCAUCUACCUGCCUUGACCCAGACAAGCUGGGGGGGGGGGGCGGGGCACGGGCCACCACCCAAGCAGGCAGCUGCUAUUUGUCCAGCUUGGUGCCCUCUUUACUUUCUUCUGUGUUUGGAGAAUGACUUCAGCAAUGAUGACAGAUUCAAGUUACAAAUGACCCGAGAGAGCAUCUGAUACAGCCCCCUUCUACUGGCGAUGAGAAAAUGACCUUCCCAAAGUGACUCUGUGAGAUAAUUCUCAGGUGCUUUAAUGUCAAUCCUCACCAUUCUGAAAUAGGUACUGUUUUCAUCCGAGUUGUAUCAGUGAAGAAACUGAGGAUAGGGAGGAUAAGUCGCUGGUUCAAGAACUCCUGGCAGUAAGGGCAGGGAGCUGAGGAGGAGCCAGGAGCCUGACUCCUGGGUUCCUGGCUUGCCCUGGGCUGCUCUUGUCCUCCACCAAAGGCAGCUUUCCAGGCCACGGGGGAGGUCACCGAAGCUUCCAGCCAUCUCUAGUCUGCCAGAAGCUGCCCUGGGCUCUUGGCUUUGCCCUUCCUCCCACAGGGCCUAGCUGUUAGGAAACGUGCUUCCUGAAGCUGGGACUUCCCCACGGAGGGAGGGGGGCUGAGGGAUGCCUCUGCUGGGGCCAACAUGUGUCUCAGGGACUCAUGGCAGCUACUCACCCCUGAGGUGGGCAGCAAGGGCACGCCCCUCCCAUCUCUUCCAGCAUCAUUGAAAGAGAGACCAUUCUUCUCUGGUAGAAGGUAGGGGGAAGGAGGGACAGCCUUCUGGGUGGUGAAGGCCUGGCCCAGCUCUGGCAGGCGCUUGCUACAGUCAGGGCAGUAAAAGGCAGAUGGGAAGGCAGCAUGUGGCCCCCCACUGUGGGGGAUCCCAACCACCUUGAAGGUUCUGGCAUAUCUACAUGGGGAGGAGGGAGUGGCCUGGAGGAGAGUGUGCCUGGUGUGUGUGUGUGUGUGUGGUUUGAGCCCACACAGAGCCCUGUGCUGAGACACUACAUUCCUGGCCAGCCUGGCUUCCUGCUCCAGAUACAUUCCUGCCCCAGAGUCACCACAGAGACUGCCUGGAAUCUGGGCCCACAUUCUCGAAAUUCAGGACAAAAUCUGGCAAAGGUUCCCUCCCUUUACCUCCCCAUCCUCUGACUCAGGAAAGGGGAAGCCCCCUGACUGGCCAGCCCUCCCUCCGCACCUCCCCCCCCCCCACCUCCCCUGGGAGGCUUGGUGCAUGAUACACCGGGCUGUUGGAUUUGUCCUGUCCCCAGACCCAGGUUUCUCUGUCUGUACCUGGGAAAGAGCCAUGGGGGUGGUUUCCAGGAGGACAGGGCCACCAGCGGGCAACCCAGAGAACCCGGAUAGCAGGGAAGGGCGUGGCCUGAAAAUCAAGGUGGCAAGAGUAAAUUUGGGCUCUCGUUGUUCCGGGGGUGUGUGUGUGUGGCGGGGGGAGUGGAGGGCAUGGGGCUUUGCUGCAGGCCUGUUUCCCCGUCUUAUACAGUUGGAAUCAUGCAGUUUUUGACUCCUGACCGAUCCUGCAGGGGCUGUAGGAGGAAGGGUAGGAGGAAUCAGGGGGUGGGCAGGCUGUCUUCUCCCUCCCAGAUAAUUACCACUUGCAACCAGCGCCUCCAGCUCCAGCCCGUCCCCCUCCCUACCCCCAGAGGCUCAGGUGCAAGCUUGCACGUCCGCCAGCUCCCUUAUCUCCCUCCAGGGAAUUUGGGUCCUGCUGGGAUUUUUCCAGCCCCGGUGACCUUCCUCAGGAGACCGAGGUUUCCUUAGAGGCCAUCUGGUCACCAGACUGUCUCAGCUUUCGUGGCUGCCGGCGCUCCCAGACUCCCCCUUUUCGGAAAAGGGUGGUGCAGUUCCAUGGACUCAAAGCCUGGGGCUGAGGCCUGGUGAGCCUCUACACUCCCAGACCUCAGGGCUGCCCUCCGGCCCUCGUUUCACUUUCUUGACCCUGAACCACACCCUCGCCCCCGCCGGAUUCAGCUCUAGCCCAGGAUCCAAGGCGCCCUGCAGUUGUUGGAAAGGAUUUCUCUGUGGCGAGAAUCCCUUCCACCUCUGGUCGCGCCAGGUUUCAGAGUGGCUAAGUGACUUUCCCGAAGGCGCACAACUGGGCGCUCGCGGACGCGGGCGUCCUGGCCGGCUAUCUUUCCACCCCCUGCACGUGCUGAUCCAUUUCCUUACGCGCUCGCGUCCGGUCGCCGCCCCCCGCCUCUCCUGGCUUCAUUUCGGCCGCAGGAAGACAGACUCGGCUUGGGAACUGUGGGCGGGGUGACCCCACGCCACGAACGAGACCCCGGCCCCCGCCAGGGUCCCCACUCUUCGGCUAGGCCGGCUGGGCAAGGGAGCCAGGGGCCCGCCUCCUACCCCUGCCCCCUGCCCCCGCCGACACCGGGUCGGGGGCCCACGCCCCGCCUUCGCGGCCCUUCUCAUCUCGCUCGCACACCUGCGCACCCCGCCCCGCCCCGCCUCUCCCCGAUGCGGGUUGGGAGUGUCCCGGGGCCGCGCCCUGCCGGGUCCGGACGCGCAAGCCUAUCCGCCCGCCCGACAGCGGCUCCGCGACGGCGGCGGUGAUAGCUCGCUCCUGCUGCAGCGGCCACGGCCCGGGCGCCGCGUUGGGGCCGGAUUGGGGCCAUGCUGGGCCGCCGGCGCCUCUUCGCCGUGGAGCCGCUGGGCGGCCGGGAUGGGGUUGGCGAGGACCUGACACAUGGUUGUGUAGUGCCUGGAGUCAUGAGCACCUACAGACAGAUCCCAGAUGUGGCUCCAGUUUGCUCAUCGGACUCCUGGAAGGGGCAAGACGCGCUGAGAGAUCCCCAGGGGCACGUGCCACUUCUCAAACUGGCCUCCCAGGACUCAGGAGUGGAGAUGGCGGUUGGGGACAGCUCCCCGGCCACCUCACCCGGCUUUUCUCAAGACUCUCUGAACUUUGAGCCCCUGGGGAGCGCUGAGUCCCUGGCCCUUGGCGCCCUGGAGCCUCCUGCCCCCCUAAGCCGGCUUCUAGCCAGCCGUAAGUUGGAGCAGGUGCUGGAGCGCUCCCGCCGGUUCUCCGUUCCCCCCGCCAGCUUGUCACAGCGCUGCCACUCCCCAGAGCUGCCGCCUGGCUGUGAAAUGCCCCAUUCUGAAGCAAGGGGACAGGAGGCCACCGAGGCAGAGAGUGAUCCAGAGGAUGGCCUGGAACAAGCAGAGGUGGUGGAGGGCUUAGGGCCUGAAGCCUGCCCCGGCCUUCCAGGGCAGGGUCUUCGCUAUCUGGAACACCUGUGCCUGGUGCUGGAGCAGGUGGCAAAUUUACAGCGGCUCUGUCUGCAGCUUCAGACUCAGAGCGGCCCUGGGGAUCCUGAAGAGGAGGAGGAGACAACCCUGGCGCCUUUACCUCUGCCUUCUGACGCCCCAGACAGUGAGGUGCACGGGCCAUGGGAACGGCUCAGCCAGACAGAGGAGACAGGAGCAAAAACAGCUUCACCCCCAAAGGUAGGGGCACCCAGUGCCAGCCCUCCCAGGCUGUCAGAGGCCCUGGCGGAGCCAGCUCACACCUUCUCAUCCUCCCAGGAACACAAGGGGGCUCGCUCCCACUGGAACAAAGUCAAGAUGCUGCUCAACCGGAUCAGGUGGGGCAGCCCUCGACCUACUGAACCUGCCACCUCUGCCGACGGUCCUGUCCCCAGUGAGUCCUGUGACCCAGCCCCCAGGAUUGCAUCAGGGGGCCUCCCUGAAAGGCCUCUGGGCCAUCCCCUCCAGAAGACCUUUAUGCCAUCAUCAGUGGUUAAGAAGAAACAAGACAAAAACCUCUCUGUACAUUGAGGCCUCCUGGUGCAGAGACGGGACCCCGGUGGGGCGAGUGCGGUGAGGUCUCCUCGCCGGCUGCCCUGAUGCUGCUUCUGGGCACUGCUAGAAAAAGCUGUGGAUGCUCUGUCUUCUCUCUGAACUCAGGCAAGGGCUGAGUCCUUCUCCUCUGAGCAGCCAAGGAGUCCUGGGUCCCUGAGAGGCCCCAAAGUGUAGCAGCUCUGGGGCUCCUCCUUGGUUGCCAAAAAUCCCUGGGCUUAGGCAAUGUGAACCUCACUGAUUCAUGGGGCAUCCAUGGGGCGUGUUAGGCACAGUGAUCUGUCGGCACCCAGCGUGUUGCUGGGGACUGUGGGACCGUCAGUGUGGUGAAUGGACUGGAUCCAGCUGUCUCUCUGGAAUCCUGCCCUCAUGGUGAGGUAACCACAGAAUGAUGGACAUGACCUUCACUCCUGAGUGGACAGUUACUGAUCUGGAGUCCUGUCUUCUUCCUCAUACUCAAGUGGGCAGCCCUAGAACAGAGAAUGGCACUCUCUUGGCUGCCUCUGCCUUGAAUCUUGCCUGAAGACUGCACCAGGGAUGGGAGGGUCAAGUACAACACAAGGAACAGCAGAGUAAUCUUCAAGGUCUAUUCUCUGCUCCUUUACUGCUUACCUAUAUCAUAGCUGAAACCAGAGGCCCAAAUUAGCAUUUAGACCUUGACAAAAUCGCUUAACUUUUCUGAGCCACAGCUGCCCACUUAAUCUCCCAAAUGGUAUAAUGAUGCCUGCCUUGCCUACCUCACAGACUUGUUCUGAGGAUAAAGUGAAAUUAAGCUGCCUCAAAAUGCUUGGUGAAUGUUAAAUGAAUAGGAAAGGGGGUUGGAGGGAGGCUAGACUGGAGGGAUGAUGGUCAGAGGAUGAGGGGGAGUUGGGAUUGCUAAUGGGGACUAAAAUGGUCAGUGAUUAGUGGCAAGGCUUUGAGCGAGUCAUUUGAGUCGCUCACGUAUCACAUCUGAGAAUUAGAACACUAACACCUGACCUGCUCAUUCCCCAAGAGUUGAUGUGAGGGCUAAAGAAAACUACUGUGAGAAUUCUUUGUAAAUGUAUACCUAAAUAUUGUGAAGGUUUAUCUUACUAUAUCACUUGUGUUGACUGAAAAAAUACACGAAACCUAAGGGACCUUUAUUCUGUGGGAAU